AUGGAGGCAAAUUCGGAUGAGCCAAGAGUUCCCCGGCCGUCUUUUCUUUCUGCUGUUGAGCUUUCCCCAAGAACUGGCCCUGUGGAUGCUGGAGACAUUAAGAAAGAUCUCUCUGCUGACUUUUCAGCAAUUUCUGAUUUAAGCCAGAGAGAAAGCCUGGAAUCCAAAGAACGUAUUCAUGUUUGCUUACGUAUUAGACCAUAUAUGCAGUCAGAAAAAGAGAGCAAUUCAGAGGACUGUGUUUCUGUUCUUGAUCCAACAAGCAUUAUAUUAAAAGCCCCCAAGAAUUCCAAGGCAUUUCGACUAAGUAAAAAGAAUUUGGCGCAAUUGGUGCAGAAAUUUACUUUUUCACAGGUAUUUGGCCCUGAAACAACACAAGAAGAGCUCUUUGAAGGCACGGUGAGGCAGCCAGUGCUAGACUUCCUAAAGGGAUACAGUCGCCUUGUCUUUACUUACGGUGUUACAAAUGCUGGGAAAACAUACACAUACCAAGGCACUGAUGAAGAUAGUGGUAUUCUCCCAAGGGCACUGGAUCUGUUGUUUAAACGCAUUCAGAGUAAGCUGUAUCUAGAAACAGAUCUCAAACCCCAUCGAUGCCAAGACUACAGAAGGCUGACUAAAGAAGAAACGAAGGAAGAAAUGUCUGUUAAAAACUCACUGCUUCGUUCCAUGAAAGAGGUAGAUUACCCAAGUGACAUUACUAGGAAUCACAGCAGAAAUAUUGAUCCUUCUGAAGGGCUGGAGGAACCCAUACAAGAAGCCGAACAAUCUAGCAUGGAUGAGGAGAGAGGUGUAAAAUUCUCUAUCUGGGUUUCAUUUUGUGAAAUUUACAAUGAGUCUAUUUAUGACCUGUUGCUCCCAGUAUCCAGCGACAAGAAAAGGAAGGUGCUGCGCCUCGCACAGGAUAUAAAGGGCUGUUCAUAUGUAAAAGAUCUGCAAUGGAUUCAUGUUUCACAAUUUAAAGAAGCUUUUAAACUCAUGAAACUAGGCUUGAAGCAUCAGAGUUUCGCUUCAACAAAACUGAAUGCCAACUCCAGUAGAAGCCACAGCAUAUUCACUGUGAAAAUGCUAAAAAUUGAUUCUGGAGCAACACGUGUGAUGCGAGUCAAUGAAUUAUUUCUCUGUGAUCUUGCUGGCUCAGAGCGUUGUACCAGAACUCACAAUGAAGGAGAAAGACUGAAAGAGAGUGGGAAUAUCAACACUUCAUUGCUCAUUCUGGGCAAAUGCAUCAGUGCCCUCAAGACCAGCCAGCAGUCAAAGUUGCAGCAGCACAUCCCCUUCCGCGAGAGUAAGCUAACUCACUUCUUUCAAGGCUUCUUCAAUGGGAAAGGGAAGGUGUGUAUGAUAGUGAACGUCAACCAGGGUGCCUCCUCAUAUGAUGAAACCCUCAAUGUGCUCGGGUUUUCUGCCAUUGCUCAAAAAGUCAUGGUCCUAGACUCUUCUAGUACUCCUCAAGAAGAGCCCUUUGACUUGUAUAUCAAAGCAGAAUCAGAAAUGAACAGUGGUUCUUUACACAUUCAAAGAGACACUAUACUUUGGGAAAGGACACUGGAAGAUGUGGUAGAAGAAGAAGAACUAGUGGAAGAUGGAAGUGGGGUACAUGAAGCAAACUGUGUUGGAGAAAAUACAGCUGCAAAGGAGCAUGAGCCUGAGAUGAUACGAAAAACACCAGACUAUGUGGAAUAUGAAGAAGAUUACAUCAUCGUGAGAAAAAAAGAGUAUCAGCACCAGCUUGGUAUAAUAGAAGACCUGAAAAACAAGUUGAUUGAAGAAAGGAAAGAUAAGCUAUUUAUGGAGCUAAGAAUCCGUGAAGAAGUCACACAGGAGUGUGCUCUGUAUCUUGCUGAGAAAGAUAGUGAACUCAAGAUGAUUGUUAACCAAAGGGAAGAAAUGAUGGAGGAGAGCUGUGAAGAGCGUAUGCAGAUUUUCAAGGAGCUGGUCAAAGAAUGUAUCGCUCAUGGCAGAAAAGGAACAGAAGAGACUCAGGAGACACAAUCCAGUCAGCUGGAUGGAAUGCAGGGGGGCAAAGCUGGAGAACUGGGAAAUCCUGCUGAUCUUUCUUGCAUGGUUGAAUCGCUGCAACAGAAUGUUGCUGAUAUUAAGCAACAGGCAGAAAUGGCCUAUGGAGUGCUCGAUGCCUUGGAGGAACCCCAAGCAACAAUUGAGCGGCUUGAAAAACAAUUGGCUGAAGUUACAGCUGAGUUAUCCAAAGCUCAAGAGGCACUCUCGUGCAGCAAUAAAGUGGAGACAAUGCAAGAGAAUAAAUUGAAUGAAUCUGCUAAAGUUCUUCAAGAUGCUACUGAGAAAAUGACGCUACAGAACAAACAUAUACAAGAACUAAGUCAACUUGUGGAGAAAAAGGAUGAUGAAAUAAAUAGGCUACAGGUUCUGAUAAAGCACUUGGAAGCAACCAAAGAACCAGUGAGUGAAAACAUGGUUGCUACUAUUAAACAAGAAAUGGAACAGGACGACCCUAACAAAGCAAGUUGUACCCAUUCUAGGGAGUCAACAGAGACAUGUGUGUGUACUGGAAGGAAACGCUAUUUAGAAAGGGAGGAGGAAGAAGGGCCACCUGCAAAGCAAGGAUCCAUUCACAACAGUUCUAAAGAUGCCAUAGAGACAAAGAAACCUGAAGAAAUGCAACCCCAUACUUGGAAGGAAAAGGCAGAAAUGGUAGCACUUAAAGAGCAAAAUAGAAUGCUUGAUACUUACUUGUCUACACUUAGGGAAGAAUUGGAAAUAGUGAAAAAUGAGAAUGAGGGAUUUUCUAAAAAAUUAGCUAAUUUUUCUCAGGAGCUUACUUCUUCAGAAGAGAAUGCUUCUUGCUUGAGCAGGGAACUCCAGCAGCAGCAGGCUAAUUGUGAGAAAAUAAUGUCUGAAUUAGUCUUGCUGAAAAAUAUAAAUAAGGAACAAGGAGAGAGAAUUCAGAUGCUGCUUCAAGAACUAGAGGCUGCUCACCAAACCACUGCAGAACAAAAGUCAAAGAUAAAGGCAGUUGAGGUAAAAAUUGGUGAGCUCAGCAGGUUAGAGUCACAGAGCCCUAGUUUAGUUUUUGACUUAGCAAAUGGAAAGGAGACGGUAGAACUUCCAAAAGAGGGGAAUGAACAAACUCACUGUAACCUAGGUCAAAACAGCUCAUUUCACUGUAGCAUUGAAGGUAUCUGGACAGCAAGCCAGCAGAUCAUUUGUUCUGCUUCUCAGAAAAGUAGGCAGAUUGAAGGCCUUCUCCAACAGGUCGAGCAGUUGCACAGGAGGAUUCAGGAUGCUGAAGAUGAGAAGUGCCAGCUGAAGUUAAAGCUUAGCGAAUUGAUAAAUCAGAGGGAGGCAUUCUUGCAGGAAAAGGAAUGCCUUCUGAAUCAGUUAAGAGACUUGCAGCAGGAAAGUGUGCUUUAUGCAGGAAAAUAUAGGGAAGAGGAAAAUAGGGCCCAUGAAUAUUUUGAGAAAAUGAAAAAAAAUGAUGGGCUCUUGGAAGAGUGUAAGGCAAAGGAGGCCAAUAUAGCUUGUUUACAGCAAACACUGAAAGAUAAAGACUUAGUUAUUUCAGUAUUGGAAAGAAGGGUCGAAGAGUUGCAGGAGAAGCUUGACACUUCAGAAGCUAAAAUCAGGAAGUUAAAUGACCAAGAAUCUCAGAUGAAGGGAGAACUUCAAGAGCUCAAGACUAAUUUGAGAAAUAUAGAACUUCAAGAAACGGAUAAGGAAGAAUCAAAGCAGGCUAUGGAACGGUUGAAUAAAGAGCUAUCAGAGAGCAUUGCCCUUUCCUCUCAUCUGCAAAAGGAAAUCCAACAGAAAGAUGAAGAAUAUGCAGACCUGAAGGAGAAGCUAGCUGAUGCAAAAAAACAAAUUGAGCAAGUGUGUAGCAUGCGUACUGAAGAGAAAUCACUGCGGAGUAAAGUUGGUGAACUUGAAAAGGUCAAAAACCAGUUAACUGAAGAGCUAGACAUCAAGCAACGAACAAUCCAGCAAUUGAAGAAGGAAGAGCAAAGUAAGAAGCUAGAGGAAAUUUCACAGCAGUAUCAGAGAAUAUGUGAGGAUUUAUGUUCCAAAGAGAAAAUCAUUGAAGAUAUGAAACUGACUUUAGAGGAACAAGAACAGACUCAGUGUGAACAAGAGCAAAUACUUGAGGCCAAGUUAGAAGAGAAUAUUAAAUGUGGAGCAGAACUGGAAGAAUGGAAAAAGAGGUACUUUGAACUAGAGAAACAGAACAGUAGUCUGGGGCAACAGAAUGCUAAUGCAGAGUUUGAAAAACACACAGCAUUGCCCAACGAAGAGCUAAAAAGAUUGCAAGAGAAACUGAAGGAAAAUGAAGAACAGCAUCAAAUGGAUCGCAAAAAGUGGCUGACAGAAAAAAUGCUCCUUAUAGCUCAGACCAAAGAAGCAGAGACCCACCGUAACAGAGAGAUGAAAAGAUUUGCAAGCGACAGAGAGUUGCACACAAAGCAGCUUGAAGAAGCAGAAAAACUAGUGUCAAAAAAGGAUAAUGAUCUUCAAAAAUGGCGUGCAGAGAGAGAUCAGCUGGUGGCAGCGCUGGAGGUUCAGCUUAGCUCUCUGACUUCCAGUAAUGCACAAAAAGACAAAGAAAUAGAAGAACUGAAAAGGACUAUACUAAAAGCUUCCAGGAAGGAUUAUAAAAGUAACUCUGAGGAACUUGGGAGUGAUGUUACUGAGGAAUUAAAACAGAUUGGUCUUGAAAACUUUACAACUGAAAUGUCACCAAUUCCAAAAAAUCCAGAAAGCAAUAAUGCAGAUGAUCUGACUGACUAUAAACAGCUGAAAGAAAAACAUAAUGGCCUGCCAGACUUCACUAAUGCUGAGGAUGUGGGUUCAUUGCAGCAAAGUUCUAGCAUUCAGGACCAGUCAGACACCAUCCUAGAUUCUUGUGAAGUAUCUUCAGAGAAUGACCAAAUCAGCCGCUUUCCAAAACCUGAAAUGGAAAUUCAGUUUACACCUCUUCAGCCAAAUAAGAUGGAAGUAAAGCAUCAAGGGAAUCCUUCUUCAAUAACUAUAAAAGUGCCAAAGGCGAGGAAAAGGAAGAGCAAUGCACUGGAUGAGAGCAAUAAUUUGUUGCAUUGCUGGAAAAGCAAAAUUAAAAAAUACACUUCUGAUGAUGUCAGUCAGGACUUCUUGAAGAGUGAAAAUGAGGAGAAUGCUGCAUCCCUGAUUAACACAGAUAGAUGCUCUGAUUCACUAAGCAGACAAAAGAAAAAGACUAAUCCUAACCGAGUUCUCAAAAAGGAUUAUUCCUUAAGAAGUAAACAGUUGCCUGCAAGUAUAAAAUCACCAGGGAAUGCAGGUGGAACACUACAGAAAUUUGGUUGUUUCUUGCAGAAUUCUCCUACAGUCAUACAGUCCAAAGCCAAGAAACUGAUGGCAACAAUCAAAUCUCCCAAAUCUACUGAGGAGAUAUCCGUUAAAGAAAAUGGUGUUAAGCCCAAGCGAGCUAAGCGCAAGUUGUACUCAACUGACAUUUCCUCUCCCAUAGAGUUCUCUGGUCAUGUGAUUGUUAUGGAUGAAAAGGACAGUGAUCAUGAAAUCAUCAAGCGACGUCUCAGAACAAAGAAAAUGCACUGAGUUUUUUCACAUUGUGAAUCAUGUACAAUUCUCAGUUUGUGAAUCUCAGAGCACAACUGUUUUAAGCUGAAAAAUGAUUGUAGAUUGAGAACUGUGGCAUCUGUUCUGUUACUUUAUAAGUACAGUGUAAAAAUCGUGUUCCCUCUUUU